CUGUUGCCUCUGACAGCGGACAGUGCACUUUUGCACAGUUCAAACACACGGAUCCAACGUCGGAGGCGCAACGUUUCACAGGAGAGUUUACACCGCGUACACGCUUCCUGUUCUGACUACGUUGUUGUUAGCAUGAAGCUAGCAAGUUGUAUCUAUGCAUAAUGAUGAAACUGGGAAUUAUACAAGGGGGCUUUAACUAAAUAUUCGGCACAUUGUGAGUGGCAGCACCAAGACGGAAACCAUACAGGGGACGGUGUGUCUUUUGGCCGCAAACCCCGCCUGAAGACAUCAGCGAAAUGUCGCUGAGCUCAGGCGGGUGGACUCACACCCAAACACCAACUGCCUCCACCUCUCUUCCCGGCUAUGGAGCCUCACAAUCCGGUUGUAACACUGUGUUAAUGUCGGUGCGGGUAUCAGUAUGCCACUCUGGUAUACGACCGCUCUGUCUUCCAGGGGCUGGAGAUGAGUCUCUUAGGCUUCAACUUAGCAUGGAUCCGGGGAAAGCAGGGGAAUUCCGCUUGACGUUAAGGGACGCUAGCGGAACCACUGGUCGAAGUGUGACCAUUGCAGAGUUUGACCUCAGGGCAGUCUGCUACGAGGUGAAGUCGCCACGAUGUCAUGAGCUGAGCCUUGCGACACCCCCACAUGACCGCAUCACAUUUAACUUUCGCUGUGAGCGAGAGGCACAGGAGUGGGCUACGGUUGUGAUGUCAUCACUUAGGGAGGCACAUCGAGUGGCAGAUGGCACACCUCAAAGUGACGGACAACUGGCUCCUGAGCCUCUGGAACCCAACCCAACCUCUACCUCCUUGCCCAGCACAGAGGAGAUGUGUGUGGAGUUGUCCCGUGCCAUAGAGGCAGGUGAUCCUCAGGCAGCCUCAGUAUGUGCUGCGUCUCUGGCUCGCAAGCAGAUGGCACUAAGAAUCCAGCCCUCUGAGAAGAAUUAUGAAGAUGCUGAAAUAAACCUGGCAGUUGUUGUGGAGGAUGCCUCCUCUUCCUGCUGCGUCACAGUGAAAGUCUUCCCCCACACCACUAUUGCUGCUCUCAAACAACAGGUGUUUGUAGAGUAUGGCUUCCACCCACAUGUUCAGCGCUGGGUGAUCAGCCAGUGCCUAUGUGCCGAGCAGCGCUCGUUGGCCUCCUACGGUGUGCGUCGACACGGCGACACAGCUUUCCUGUACCUGCUCUCGGCCCAGCAGACCCACCUGAGCCGGCAGCAGUGUCAACAAGACCAGGAGAGCACCCUGCUCUCCGCAGCCACGUCCCUCACACCCAUGCCCAUCCCACCCGCUCCCUCAGCCUCGCCCAGCAAUGGGCCCACCUCACAGCUCUGGAGGGGCUACAGCACUCUGCCCUCCAGGCUGGGCCAUAACAGCGCAGGUAGCACAGCAGCAAAUACAGAGAGAUUAGGCAUUGGUGAGAUCCGGGACCUCAUCAACCUGGAGAUGCCACAGCUUAAUGACGCCCUCGUGUCCAACAAAACCAACACACAGGUGGGCUGGGCCUGUCCCUCUUGCACGUUCAUUAAUAAGCCCACUCGUCCUGGCUGUGAGAUCUGCAGCACUGACCGGCCAGAGAGCUACACCAUCCCUGGAGGCUACAGGCCAGACCCUGUGGAGCUCCGCCGCAUCCAGCAGGAGAAAGAGGCUGUCAGACAAUACCAGCAGGCCAGGGAGGCAGAGCGCAGGGAGAAUUUUGCCCGCUUGGUGCAGAUGGACGGCCAGGGCCUGGUGCCAAACCCAGACAGUGUGGACUGCAGGAUCUGUUACCAGGAGCUGCAGCCAGGGGAGGGGGUGCUGCUGAGAGAGUGUCUGCACUGCUUUUGCAAAGAUUGUCUGCGCUCAGUGAUCAAGAUGUCCGAGGAUCCCCAGGUUGCAUGCCCAUACCGUGACGAUUUGUAUGCCUGUAACUGCACUCUACAGGAGAGAGAAAUACGAGCGCUGGUGUCAGUAGAGGAGUAUGAGCAGUGGUUGCAGAGGGGUCUCUCUGUGGCGGAGUCACGCUGUGAGGGUAGCUAUCACUGUGCCACGCCUGACUGCCUGGGCUGGUGUGUGUAUGAGGACACUGUCAAUACUUUCCACUGCCCUGUGUGCAAAAAGCACAACUGCCUCCUCUGCAAGGCUAUUCAUGAAGGGAUGAACUGUAAGCAGUACCAGGAUGAUCUGGCGGCCCGGGCCAUUAAUGAUACUGCAGCACGAAGGACAAGAGACCUUCUGAAGACUCUUGUCCGGUCUGGUGAGGCCAUGCACUGUCCUCAGUGUGGCAUCAUAGUGCAGAAGAAAGAAGGCUGCGAUUGGCUGCGCUGCACCGUUUGUCACACAGAGAUCUGUUGGGUCACCAGGGGCCCACGAUGGGGACCUGGGGGCCCUGGGGACACCAGUGGGGGAUGUCGCUGCAACGCUAAACAACGCUGCCAUCCCAAGUGUCAGAAUUGCCACUGAGUGCCAUGCCACUGGGAUAAGCCAAAGCUCACAAUUAGUAUUACUACCAAAACCAGACAGAUGUUGUAUACAUGAAGACUGUACUGACUGCACUUGUGCAGCCAUAUCUCUGCUGUUUUCAUCUGUUAAUUCUUCUAAAAAAAAGAGCCAUGUCGUUACUGAUCUGUUACAAUAAGUGUCCUUGCUAACCCCUGCUAUGAGCUUGGGUUUUUAAGGCAGCACAUUGCACAACAAACUCGCCCAGAGAUGCAUGCCUCCAUUAUGCACACAUGGUUGCACCCCUGGGUUUUUAAUCAACAAAGUAACUUAAUUGAUUUUCAAUCGAAAGUCUUCUCAUAUGUCCACACUUUUUCUGACAAACAGAGGAUCUUUCAUCAUUAAGCAUGUGGAGCACUGUUGUAGUCCAGACUGUUCAAUGGUCCUUCACCUUGUUUUUAGACCUAAUCUUAAGGGUUGCAUUUUUUCAGUGAAUUAGUAUGCAGCGAGUGAAUGAGUGUUGUGUGUGAAUGACUGACUGUUUUGCCCUGUGUUUUACGAAAGCCUGUUUGAAUAAAAUCAAAGAGUGUGCCAUGAAAGGAUCAGGUUUUUUUGCGUACAGUCAGGCUUUAGAUGAGUUCCUCAGGGCUGACUGAUAACUUUACCAGCGUGCCUUAAUAUUUACAGGUCAGUGUGGUGUAUUGGUGGCGGCUAACUUUAUAUUUCAUUUAAUAAUAUAUGCAUCUAUUUAAAUAUCUACAACAUUUACCAGACUGUAUUCACGUAAAAUUGCAAUAAACUGUUACUGCCACUCUAAAAA